AUGACCCGAACCCAAGUCCCCUUCCCCUCCGCCAGAACCCUGGAGCAGUUCCCCCAUGUCAACGAGGACCCUUCCACUCUGUCCCAUGCACUGGACCCCUUCACCAUCACCACCUCCACGGGGUUCUUGCCCUAUGCCACUGCCCCUUCCACUUUGCCAGAGGUCUUCGGGCCCUUGGCCUCUCUCGUGGAUCGUCUCCCUGUCGUGAAGGCCGAUGGCAAGCCUGGUCUGCUGGCCACAUACGAGCUCGGCCCCGCUGUCAAGGCCGAGCUCUCAGACCUAACAGAUGAGGUGAACAAGCUGGUCACUGCCGACGGCUCUCCGGAUCUGUUCACCGUCGCCGCUGUCUUCCGGGACUAUACCUUCCUGGCCUCCUCGUACUUGCUUGAGCCCUGCUGGGAGAACUGGUGCAAGAAUCCCGACAACGGUUAUGGUCUUGGUCGUGAUGUACUUCCUCAGGCUGUUGCUCGUCCUAUGUAUCGCUGUGCCCAGCUUCUGGACCUGCCUCCUUUCAUGUCCUAUGCUGCCUCUUAUGCCCUCUUCAACUACACUGUGGCUGAUCCCUCCAAGGGUCUGGAGGAGUACUCCAACCUGCGUCUGAUCCGCGCUUUCGAGCGCGGCCACGACCCUAAGAGCUCUGAGGCGGGCUUUAUUUUGACCCACGUGGACAUGGUCAAGGAGACCGGUGCCCUCAUUAGCGGUGCACUCAAGGUCGUCGACAACCUGGAGCAGCACGCUCCGCGGGCUGAUAUCAACGAUGGAUUCCGGGAGAUUUUGUGCGCGAUGGAGAAGAUUGAGGCGUCCAUGGAAGAGAUGUGGGGGAACUCCAAGCCAUCCGAGUAUCUCUCCUUCCGCGUGUUCAUCUUCGGCAUUACCUCGCAGUCCAUGUUCCCGAACGGAGUAAUUUACGAAGGCGUCGAAGACAACAAGCCUCUCUUCUUCCGCGGCGAGAGCGGUGCCAAUGACAGCAUCAUCCCGCUCCUCGACCAUCUCUGCCAGAUCCCAAUGCCGUCGACUCCCCUCACCAAAAUUCUGCAUGAGUUCCGCGCCUAUCGCCCGCUCCCGCAUCGCCAGUUCCUCACCUAUAUCCGUGAAAAGGCCGAGGAAGUAGGCGUGCAGAACUUCGCUGUGCAGGACUCUGAGACGGCGGUGCUGUUCCUCAGAACCCUCAACCACAUCCGCAGCUUCCGGUGGCGCCACUGGCUGUUUGCGCGUGAGUAUAUCAUCCGCCGUACGCCGCACCCGACUGCCACGGGUGGCAGUCCAAUUGUGACGUGGCUUCCCAACCAGCUCUCGGCCGUCAUGGACCUCAUGGUCUCCAUCUAUGACGCCUAUCUUGCGCCAAAAGAGGGCGUUGCCGUUGUGUCGAAUGGUGUUAAUGGCCAGGAGGAUCUGAUCGCCUCGCACCGCAAGCAGGUCGAGCCGAUGAUGGAGCUGGUGCGGGAUCAGCGCGAGAAGCUGGCUCGCGAGGUGGAGCGCUGGUGCCAGGAACGGGGGGUUUGA